AGACCGACCUCGGGAGGAGCGCUCACCAUCAUCAUCAUCCUCCUCCCUCCUCAUCCUCCUCACAGUUGAAGAUGGCGGACCCGGCCGAGUGCACCAUCAAAGUCAUGUGCCGUUUUCGGCCUUUAAACGGUUCGGAGGUGAUGAGGGGAGACAAAUAUGUCCCCAAAUUUCAAGCAGACGAUAAUGUGGUCGUCGGGGGAAAGCCGUAUGUGUUUGAUCGAGUGUUUCAGUCUAACACUACUCAGGAGCAGGUUUACAACGCUUGUGCUCAGAAGAUUGUUAAAGAUGUGCUUGAGGGUUAUAACGGUACAAUAUUUGCUUACGGACAAACCUCUUCUGGAAAAACACACACUAUGGAGGGAAACCUGCACGAUCCAGAUGGCAUGGGCAUUAUUCCGCGGAUCGUCCAGGAUAUAUUCAACUACAUUUACUCCAUGGAUGAAAACCUGGAAUUCCAUAUCAAGGUCUCCUAUUUUGAGAUUUACCUGGACAAGAUCAGGGAUUUGCUGGAUGUAUCUAAGACCAAUCUGUCUGUACAUGAAGACAAGAACAGAGUCCCUUAUGUAAAGGGUUGUACUGAACGGUUUGUGUGUAGCCCAGACGAAGUGAUGGACACCAUUGAUGAAGGCAAAUCCAACAGACACGUGGCUGUCACAAACAUGAACGAGCACAGCUCCAGGAGUCACAGUAUCUUCCUGAUAAACGUCAAGCAAGAGAACACACAGACGGAGCAGAAACUGAGUGGCAAACUCUUCCUGGUGGAUUUAGCAGGAAGCGAGAAGGUCAGUAAAACCGGAGCAGAGGGUGCUUUAUUGGAUGAAGCCAAAAACAUUAACAAAUCUCUUUCCGCUCUGGGCAACGUCAUCUCUGCUCUAGCUGAAGGAACGACGUACGUUCCCUACAGAGACAGUAAGAUGACGAGGAUCUUGCAGGAUUCUCUGGGUGGAAACUGCAGGACAACUAUAGUGAUCUGCUGCUCUCCAUCUUCCUUUAACGAGGCCGAGACCAAAACUACGCUCAUGUUCGGACAGAGAGCAAAGACCAUCAAGAACACAGUGUGUGUGAACGUGGAGCUGACAGCUGAGCAGUGGAAGAAGAAAUAUGAGAAGGAGAAAGAGAAGAACAAGACGCUAAAGAACACCAUCACCUGGCUGGAGAACGAGCUCAACCGCUGGAGGAACGGUGAGAGCGUCCCAAUUGAGGAGCAGUACGAUAAGGAGAAGGCAAAUGCAGAUGUUCUGGCCCUGGAUAAUGUGAUGAAUAAUGAUAAAUUCACCUCGUCUCCCAGCGUGCCCGGCCUUAAAUUGACUGAUGCUGAGCGUGAGAAGUGUGAGGCUGAAUUGGCCAAACUCUACAAACAGCUGGAUGACAAGGAUGAUGAGAUAAAUCAGCAGUCUCAGCUGGCUGAGAAACUCAAGCAGCAGAUGUUGGAUCAGGAAGAGCUGCUGGCCUCAACGCGAAGGGACCAUGACAACCUGCAGGCGGAGCUCACCCGUCUGCAGAUGGAGAAUGAGGCGUCUAAAGAGGAGGUGAAGGAGGUGCUGCAGGCCCUGGAGGAGCUCGCCGUCAACUAUGAUCAGAAGAGUCAGGAGGUGGAGGACAAGACCAAGGAGUUUGAAUCCCUGAGUGAAGAGCUCAACCAGAAAUCUAGCGUUCUUGCAUCUAUCGACUCUGAGCUGCAGAAACUGAAGGAAAUGACUAACCAUCAGAAGAAGAGAGUCACUGAGAUGAUGUCAUCACUGCUUAAAGACCUGGCAGAGAUUGGCAUCGCCAUAGGCAGCAAUGACAUUAAGCAGCAUGAGGGUGGAGGUCUCAUUGAUGAAGAGUUCACAGUCGCUCGUCUGUACAUCAGUAAGAUGAAGUCGGAGGUGAAAACUCUGGUGAAGCGCAGCAAACAGCUGGAAAGUGCUCAGGCCGAGAGCAACAAGAAGAUGGAUGAGAACGAGAAAGAGCUCGCAGCCUGUCAGCUCCGUAUCUCUCAGUAUGAGGCAAAGAUCAAGUCCCUGACAGAGUAUCUGCAAAACAUUGAACAGAAGAAGAGACAGCUAGAGGAGAACGUCGACUCUCUCAAUGAGGAACUAGUCAAACUCAGUGCACAGGAAAAAGUUCAUGUCAUGGAGAAGGAGAAUGAGAUACAGAGUGCUAAUGAAGUCAAGGUUGCAGUUGAGCAGCAGAUCCAGAACCACAGAGAAGCUCAUCAGAAACAGCUGAGCAGCCUGAGAGACGAGCUGGAGAUCAAGGAGAAACUCAUCACUGAACUGCAGGAUCAGAACCAGAAGAUCAUGUUGGAGCAGGAGCGCUUGAAGGUGGAGCACGAGAAACUCAAAAACACUGACCAGGAGAAGAGCCGCAAACUGCACGAGCUGACGGUGAUGCAGGACAGAAGGGAACAGGCCAGACAGGAUCUCAAAGGCCUGGAGGAGACAGUGGCCAAAGAGCUGCAGACUCUUCAUAACCUGAGGAAACUCUUUGUUCAGGAUCUGGCCACACGGGUGAAGAAGAGCGCUGAGAUGGACUCAGAUGACACUGGCGGCAGUGCGGCACAAAAACAGAAGAUCUCAUUCCUUGAGAACAACCUUGAGCAGCUCACUAAAGUGCACAAGCAGUUGGUGCGUGAUAACGCUGACCUGCGCUGUGAGCUGCCCAAGCUGGAGAAGCGCCUGCGGGCCACGGCGGAGCGUGUGAAGGCUCUGGAGUCUGCACUCAAAGAGGCCAAAGAGAACACAGCCCGUGACCGCAAACGCUACCAACAGGAGGUGGACCGCAUCAAAGAGGCCGUCAGAGCCAAGAACAUGGCCCGCAGAGGACACUCCGCACAGAUCGCCAAGCCAAUCAGACCAGGUCAGCCCCCUGUCGCCUCUCCCACCCACCCCAAUGUCAACCGCUUAGGGGCGGGGCUCUUCCAGAAUAACCAAUCAGCGGGCAUCCGUGGUGGAGGCGGAGUCAAACAGUAAAAUAACUGUUGAAUGCUGAAUUUAACCCCAGUAGCCCCAGCUGAAGCUGAUAUCACCCCAAAAAGCUGAACAGGCAUUCCACAGCACGGGAGGGUUCAAUACUAUACAUAUGAAAAUGAAUAUAAGUAUAUAUAUGUGUAUGAAACAUGAAAUACUAUCCCCGUCUGGGCUGUACAGUUGUUCCUCCAUUCUUAUCUCUCAUAUCUUCCCUUUAAAAUAUAAAGAAAACUAAAAAAAAAAAAAAGCACCAGUGGACACGUGUGUAAUUAGCGUGUAUCUCUUCACUCUUGCACAGUAGGUUUCUGCUCACAUCCUGCUCUCCACGUCCUUCACUGUGCCAAGUUGAAUGUAUUACAAAAUUACAAAAGAAAAAAAGGCAGAAAUGAAUGAAAAAUGGAAAAAAAGAACAAAAAAUUCUAGCUGCAUUAUUUUUACAUUCACAUUUUGGGUUUGUUUAGAGAGUUAGCUUGUUAUCUCUUGCUUUGAGUAGUUUCUAUUGAACAUUUCAACUAAAUAAGUAAGUUAAACACUACAAUUGAACUGUAUAUAUGAACCAUUGAACUAGUUUUUGUAAUGAUGGACAUGUUCAGAACAGAAGAAAGAUUUAAAUUAUGUUGAAAGUAGAUGAAAGGUUUCUGAAAGUAGACAAACGAGAUGCAGUUCCAUGAAAUGAGAACGAAAAGGCUGCUUAAUGUAGACGCACCUGAGCUGCAGGAAUAUUUAAAGCACUGUACGAACACACAACGAGUACUCCUUGUUACAGCAUAAAGACCUGUGUGUAUGCCACAGCCUGAGGUCUUAGAUGAGUCAUAGCUAGGUAAAAAAAAAAAACAAUAAUACUGAUGUCACAUGCUCAUUUUGACAUUUCAAUAUUUAACUUUUAAGCAGGUAGAGUUUGUCGUAUCGAUGCUGCUCCGUAGCUCAGUCACUACAAAUCAUUAAUAAUCAUGUGUGUGGAUUUCUCCUCUUAGUUUUACCUACCAUAUUCCCAGACAGGAUUCUUGUUAUAUUGUUUUUGGUAGGCAGGGAACCUUGCAGUUUAUUAGAGAGAUUGACCCAACAAUGAAAAAUGUAUUCACUCUCAUGGUGUUCCAAACUUGUUCGAUUUUUUUUAAUGAAACACUAAAGAAUAUCUAAAUGCUUAUGCUGCUUUUUGAAAUGAAAAUGGAUGAGAUGGACAAUUUCAAGCUCCAAAAAGGACAAGAAGCGCUAUUGAGGUAGUCCAUUAUGACUUGAGCGACUUCUGAAGUCAAACAACUGCAAAUUUAAGUCAUUAUUCACUUCAAAUCUUGCCCUCCGUGAUCAUUCGAUUGAGACAUAAUGGCAUUCGGUGGCACUGACAUCAAACCUGCCACAGCGUGUCUUUUAUUCACCAUAUUUGAGUUAAAACGUAAAUGCAUAUGAGAUGUCAAGAUUUUCAGUGGUUGUCAUACUUUAAGCUGCUUUUUAUGUUUCUGGUGCUCCUUUUCAAUCCUUGUUUUCAUUU